AUGGACUCCCGGAAAUUCCGUGUAUGCUUCAUUGACACCUUCUGGGCUGAAUGCAUCGCGCCCAAUGGCUACAAUCGCAUUCCCUCGGAAAAUAUGGCCGCCAUCGUCCAGAGGCUCAAGAAAGAUGGUCACCUCAUGCCCAGAGCUGGUCGGUGGAAGGUACUCGCUCAGAGAAACGCGAAUGCGUCCCCACUCCAAAAGUACAAACUCAGGCAAGCGCAAGUGGCAAACAUUGUCGAGGCCGUUAUCGCUGCUGCUUCUGAGACUCUACGCGAUCGAUUCUGCGAGAAGGAUAGACGGUGCCUCUUCGAAGGUCGCGACAGCGAAGAGAAGCUAUCCGAGGUUCAAGGUGCCAUCUACCACGUCGACGCGAUUAACCACCGGGCGGCGUCCUCAUGCGUGGAGGAUAGCAAGCGCGGCGGCGCGCAUUAUACCACGACGCGCUCAACCGAAAGCAAGUGCAAUAUAAACACCGCCGACAUCACUGCGUCGUGGCAAAUCCCGCUCAAAUCUAGCCCGGCCAACAACACGUAUGGCAGUCUCAAGGAACGAUCCGUCGAGGCAGCAAGACACUAUUUAUUUGCAGACAUGCGCCGAACAUGUCAUCACUCGAUCACUCUCGAGGCUACUACUGCGCGGCUAUGGCAUCAUUCUCGCUCUGGCGCCGCUGUCAGCCUGCCCAUCGACAUCAACAAAAACAAGGACGAAUUCAUCCAGUGGAUCUUAUUCACGUCGUUCGCAAGCGAUUGUGAGCUCGGAUUCGACCCGACUGUGACCCGCGUUCUGGACAAUAGCGGUCAAUGGCAAUACCAGUUCGACGUCCUUCACAAGGAUAAGAUGGUCCGAACAUAUCAGACCGUCAAGGCGUUGCUCGAGAGGUGCCACACGUCGCCCUACGACCGAGCUAUGCGGGUCUUCGAGGUCCGACGCAUCGCCGAAAAGGGCAAUGGCGAUUCGUUCUCCAAGGUGGACACGAACAGUUACGCGCUGCAAGAUUACUGGCGCGCGGAUUGCGAACAGAGAAGAGCUGAAACCGGGGUGCAACGCAAGUUGCACUGGGCGCUGAAGCGCAACACGUGCUCAGAGGUCGAGCUUCGCGAGCCGCCGCCGAGCCUAUCACUCACGAUGAUCAUGAAGUCCCUCGUGCAUCGGUUGAAGUAUCGGACGAGCACUUGCACAAUAUAUUGGCCUUCACGCCAAGGCUUCAGUACUCUACGGCGCGCAGACGCUGUCGGACGCAUCAUGCACAGAGAACACGACCCUGCCGUAUUCUUCUUCGCCCUUGAUCAGGCCACCUUCGUGCUCUUCUGGCUGCGCCGUAUUGGCUGGCUGCAUCGCGAUGUCAGUACUGGAAAUCUUUUGCUGCGCCGCAUCGUUUCGGAUGACCCAAGCGCCGGGCCCUUGUGCGAGCGCUACCAGCUCAAGCUGCACGAUCUCGAGUACGCCCUCGAGUACUCCUGGACGUCACCCGGCGAUGGUCUCGUGGGCACAUGCGACUUCCUUGCUAUCGAAGUAGCGGAGCGAACGUACAAGUUCGCGCCGAAGUCGCCAGACAACCGCAGAUCCAACAUCAACUUUCACCGCAACUUCCUGCAUGAUCUCGAGUCGCUUGCUUGGAUCGCCUUGGACUUCGCUACGAUUCACGUACCGCGCCGAAGGCUCCUCUCUGAAGCGUGGCAGGACCUACAGCCUCUUCUGACACAUGUGGCAACGGCACUGCGCGCUCUUCCCCAACAAGGUCGGCAGCUGGACAGACCGCGUCAACCUUCUCGUCGAACCCGAAUCCGGAAAAGGGCUCACGAAGAUGCUACAGCAAGUAUACGGUGA